GUAGGAAUCUGCACUCUAAGCCCGCAGACGUUGCCGCCGCUCCUUGCUUCUUCCUGCGUAGCUGGCCAUGUGGGUGUCCCGGUCUCUCUUUGCCCUCCCCUUGUUGUGGUCUCACUCAUGCGCUCGGAUUCCGCAUCCACCGUCCCUCCGCAACCAGAGGCCUCAACACGCAUCUCGCAGACUGCAGGUGCAGUGCAGAGACCUCUUACUUAGGAAGGCAGUGCAGUGCAGUGCAUGUGUGUGUGUGUGUGUGUGUGUGUGCAUGGGAAUGCAUGGCGUGUGUGGGAUCGGUGCGGUGCAUGCAGGUGUCGGAGGGCAUGGAGAUCUCUAACGACACCGCCAGGGCGGGGCUCGACUACAGCAACGACUUCAGGCACCUUAAGCUGACAGUGCAGGACAUCGACGCAAACAUAGCAACACAGGUACACUCCACUCCUCUGCACUUAACUUUCUCGCAGAAAGAUCCGAUGGGUGGGUGCAGUGCAUGGCCCCUGUCUGUCUGUCUGUCUGUCUGUCUGUCUGUCUGUCUGUCUGUGUGUGCGGAUGUGUGUGCACAGGUGCCCCCUCGUUGCCGGUGGUGGAGGCCACCAUAGCGUCGGUCCACGAGGCCAUGUUCGCCGGCGACCUCACAUGCUCGGAUCUUAUUCAGGCCUACACACAAGUACGCUACGCAAGCCAGAGGGAGGGAGGGAGGGAGGGAGGGAGGGAGGCGUCACAUCAACACAGGCACCGCACCCGAGGAUGGGCGUAUGUAUCCGCCUGUGUGCGUUGUGUGCAGCGAAUUGAGGCCUACGACCAGGCGACGGGCAUGAAUGCCAUCCAGGAGGUCAUGCCCGACGCCCUCGACAUCGCAGCUCAGAAAGACCGACCGUAAGACACAUACCAUGCCAUGGGAGCGAGCUGGGCGUAGGUAGUGGUUGCAGCGCCUUGCCUUGCCUUGCCUUGCCUUGCCUUGUGUGUCUGCGGGUUUAUUGUGUGGCUGACGGCGUCCCUUGACAGCGGCAACCUGACCGAUCUCCCAUCCCUUUUCUGUGGCCCGUGCUGGCGAAGGUGGGGACGACUGGGUGACAUUCACAUCACGCACACAGGGGAUUUCGUUUGUGCCUUUGGAGUGAGUGGAAUCCGAUUGUCCUCGUCGUGUGUGUGCAGGCCAACUAUGACACGGUGGGUGUGGCGACCACAAACGGAGCUGCUGGUAAGAAUGGAUCGAUGGAUGGAUGGAUGGAUGGAUGAGCAAGAUCCGUCCAGUGUAUUCUCCCGGGUCUUGCUUGGCUGCAGCGCUUGUCGACAACUUUCCCCCCGACGACGCACAACAGAUCAGAGCACUCAAAGAUGCAGGUAGGUAAGCACGACACUACCAACACAAGGAAGGAAGGUGUCCCGUUCGCCCACACAGGGAUGCUUCCCUCCCCCCCCUGCUGGCUGUUCGUUCCAUGGUCCAAACCAAACAGGGGGCAUCAUUCUGGCCAAGACCAACAUGGCGGAGUGGGCGUAUUCCGGCACUAUCAGCAUCGGCAGCGCCCACGGCGUCGUGAGAAACGCCUACGACCUGCAGAGGACCACCGCAGGAUCCAGUGGCGGCACUGCAUCGGCCGUCGCGGCAUCACUCGGGUGCGUGUGUGCGUGUGUGGGUGGGUGCCUUCACAACUACACCCACACAGACACACUCUCUCUCAUUAUGUGCUGUGUUCCGUGCUGUUGGUUGUCGAUCAGGCUGGUGGGUCUUGGCACUCAGACGGGCAACUCCAUCUCAGGUCCAUCAGGUUUCCUUGGACUGGUGGGUGUGCGGUCGACAAUCGGCUUGACGAGCCGAGACGGCAUAGUGCCGCUGUACCUCAGCAAGGACAUCGGGGGGCCCAUGUGUCGGACAGUCGAGGACGCCGCCAAGACCUUCACGCCCUUGGUGGGGUAUGACCCCAAUGACCCCAUUACAGAACUGUCAAAGGUCGGCGGAGGGAGGGAGAGGGAGACACAUGAUGGGAGGGGGGCCGGGGCACAUCUAUCUGUGUGGGUCUGUCUGGGUGGCCAUGAAGGAAGUGGACUUGCCUGACGAUUAUACGGUCUUUAUGGAAGGCGCCGAUGGGCUUCAAGUAACCAACCACAGACUCGCCCAGACAGCGCGCCCUACCCUCGUGUGUGUGUGUGUGUGUGUAUGCUGAAUAAGGUGUGCGUAUCGGGGUGAUGCAGUCGAUGGCCGACGAGGUGCCCACAGCCCACCCAGACGUCAUCAGCCUCUUCAACCAAGCCAUCAAGUACACAGCACAUUGGCCACACCGCACACCCACACAACGGCCGGCCGUGUCCGUGCUGUCUGUGUUGCCUUCCUUCCACUCCACCAGCGACCUCGAGGCAGCUGGUGCGGUGAUUGUGGAAGAUUUCAAUAUCACGGGCAACACGCUGGGUGAGGACUGGACGGGGUAUGUCCAGGACAUCGGCCCCACCGUCGGCCACUGGAAUGUCAACGGCAUCUGGGUCUCUCUCUGGUACCUAGGCUUCGCUUGCACGAUGUCACACACACUCCACCAGAAUGCGGGAUGUCGGCAUGUGAUGUGUCUGUGGUCUGUACCAGGUCGCAGCCAAAUGGGUUCGAGCGGGAGAAGCAGAUCGACGCCUAUCUCGCUGCUUCAGGUGGGUGUGCAGACGCCACCUCAUGAAUGAGCACCUACAUGCCCCCCCCCCUCCCCCCUCCCCCAUGUGGUGCAGGGAGCCGGUUCAAGAGUGCUCGAGAGAUCUACGCGUCUGGCCUAUUCCACCCCUUUGCCCGAAGUGGGAUGGAGAGUCAGCUGGCCGAGCAGAACCUCACUGACCUCGAGAGCUUCUGCGGCGAGGGGGCGGAGACUUUCCUUGAGAAUCCCUGCAGGUAGGUGACACAUACCUACCACCCACCCUCCCUUACUCCCACCCCCACCCCCACAGAUACACACACACAUGUCUGUCACACACACGCUGGUCUCUCUCUCAUUUAUUUCAGGAUGGAGUUCCGGAGGAAUCUGGCAGACUCGAUGGACGCGGCCAAUGUGAGUGUGAUUGUGUACCCGUCUUGGCGGAACGAGCCCUACCUCAUCGGCAACCACAUGCCCUACGCCAACACGAACUGCGCACAUAUCAGGGUACACGACAGACACCUAGAGGGGAGGGCAUACCAACCACGACACACAGAGCAUCACUCUCCCUACUGUCUUGUCUGUCCUCCCUGCAGCCCCAGACGGGCGCGCCGAGCAUCACGGUGCCGAUGGGGUUCAUCCAGCUGACGGCAGGCCCGCCCACCAGGCUGCCCAUGAACAUCGAGAUGAUUGCACGUUCAUUCGACGAGCCAUCGCUAUUCAAAGUCAGCCACUCAGACGGACAGAGGGGGGCACUGUGCUGUGUGUGGAUGUCGCUCCACUCUCUCUCUCCCUGUGUGUGUGGCUGGUGUGGUGUAGGUUGCCCAUGGGUAUGAGGCCGUGACGAAGCACCGCUUUGCGCCUCCGCUGUUCAUCGAGUGUGCUUAGCUUAGAUUGGCACAUAGCAUAUAGAUAGACAGCUGGGAGAGGAUAGAUGGCUUUUUGCAGGCUACUUGGUGUGCAGUAGUUAGUAGGGUUCUCUGCAACUGUCUGUGUCUGUGUGCAUGGUGUGUGUGUAUAUGGUGUGUGUGGUGUGUGUGGUGUCGGUAGCCGUGAUGUUCGUGGGCGCUUAUCUCCUGGCUGGGAGGAGGUCACCAGCGACACUGACUGUGGCCGGCCGACUUUUACGAGAACGGCAUGACUCAGUCAAUGUUCUGUGGCCGGCGUGUUUCUCUCUUGCCUGUCUGUCUACAUGCCCGUGUUGGUAUCGGUCUGUGCAUUCAUCCGCGUGUGUGGUGUUGGUAUUUGGUGGUGGUAUUAGGUAGGUAGGCUGGAUGGUAGGCAGGCAGGCAGGCAGCCAGGCAGGCAGCGAAGCGACUGAGGGAGCACCAGAGGGGUGACUGAGGGACACACGUGACGUGUGUCGUGUGG